AUGGAUACUGAUACCCCACCACCAUCACCCACUACGCCCCAUAAAUCCCAAUUUCGGUAUAUCAUUUCCACGCGCCUCACUCAUAGAAUUCCGAGAGCGCAGACGCGGAUUUAUCUUGUCUCUACCAAUCGCAAUCCUCCCCAGUCUCGAGGUGUAUCCUCAGCAUCAACCCACAAUCGCACAUCAAAGCCUCACCCUUCAAACCACUACCAUGUCCACCAUCACACUUACACAUUACCAACUUGCUAUAAGAUUGCAUACCGACCCCCCGGUCCCUCCCCCCCACAUCUCCGCAGAUCCAACAGACAUAAGCUAUAUGAAGUAAGCUUACACCUCACCUCAAUCUUAAACUCACGACUACGCCGCUUCGCUUUAUCCAUCUUGCCUUUUUUCCUUUAUCUACCUCCACCACCUCCAAAAUCCCUCCUUCCCCUCAUCUGCCCCAAACAUCCCUUCAUCACUACCCACCCAUUCAACAUCUCUAUCUACCCAUCCAUCCCCAAACACAAAAUGCCACUCCCAACUAUCCUUUUCUUCGCCGGCGCAUUCGCCGACCCCUCCUGUUUCGAUAUCCUUUCCGCCCAACUGCAAAAAGCUGGCUAUCCCACCACUUACGCAUACGUCCCGAGUCUGAACCCGACCGAACCAGCAACAGCCUCUGCGUCCCAAGACGCGCAGGCGACGCGAGAUAGACAUGUGUUACCUUUACUCGACGAGGGCAAAGACGUUGUCAUGUUCACUCACUCAUACGGCGGAGUCGUAGGUGGAGGCGCCGCGGCCGGCCUAAGCAAAGCCUCUCGUUCGGCCGCAGGUAAGUCAGGAGGCGUUGUCGGGAUGCUGUAUUGUGUGGGGAAUAUAGUGUGCGAGGGGGAAACUCUGCUGCAAGCAGUCGGCGGGUCGUAUCCUCCGUUCAUCAAACAAGAUCAACCGUCUAAUGGUGUUGCUGUCAUCUCUCCUGUCAUCGAGACGCUUUACAGUCCCAACACUGUGUCGCAGGAGCUAGUCUCGCAGUUGGAGGCGGCCAUGACGCCCACCGCGCUUGCGGCGUUCGAGACUCCGGGGCCUGCGCCCGCUUGGGCUGAAUCGGAGUUUGAUGGGUACAGGACGUAUUUGAGGACUGUCAACGAUCAGUGCAAUCCUUCGUUUCUUCAGGAUAUGUGGAUUGAGAAGAGUGGAGUGGCGUGGGAUGUUGUGGAUUUGGCAUCGGGCCAUUGUCCGUUUAUCACUCAGCCUGAGGAGGUUGUUGAGGUCUGUAUUCGGGCUAUAGAGAAGUGGGUGUGA